AUGAGUACAAUCCCAAAGACACAAAAGGCCGUUGUUUUCGAAAAGAGCAAGGGUCCUCUAGAAUACAAAGACAUCCCUGUCCCAACACCAAAACCGAACGAGAUCUUGGUGAAUGUGAAAUAUUCAGGUGUUUGUCAUACUGACCUGCAUGCCUGGAAGGGCGAUUGGCCGUUGGAUACAAAGCUCCCACUUGUUGGCGGUCACGAGGGUGCCGGUGUGGUGGUGGCCAAAGGUUCCAACGUCACCAACUUUGAGGUCGGCGACUUGGCCGGUAUCAAGUGGCUCAAUGGCUCGUGCAUGGGGUGCGAGUUCUGCCAACAGGGAGCAGAGCCAAACUGUCCCGAGGCCGAUUUGUCCGGAUACACCCACGACGGUUCGUUCCAGCAGUAUGCCACCGGAGACGCUGUGCAGGCCGCCAAGAUCCCAAAGGGAACUGAUCUUGCAGAGGUGGCUCCAAUCCUGUGUGCUGGUGUCACCGUUUACAAGGCCCUAAAAACUGCCGAGUUGCGUCCUGGUCAAUGGGUGGCCAUUUCAGGCGCAGGUGGAGGACUUGGUGCUCUGGCUAUCCAGUACGCUACUGCCAUGGGGCUGAGAGUUCUGGGUAUCGACGGAGGAGACGAGAAAGGUGAUCUUGUCAAGUCAUUAGGAGGUGAGGUGUUUAUCGACUUCACCAAGGAGAAGGACAUCGUGGCUGCUGUGCAAAAGGCAACCAACGGAGGUCCUCAUGGUGUGAUCAACGUGUCUGUUUCUGAGGCAGCCAUUGCCCAGUCGUGCGACUAUGUGAGAACAUUGGGCGUGGUUGUUCUUGUUGGACUGCCAGCCGGAGCUGUUUGCAAGUCUCCUGUUUUCCAGCAUGUGGUGAAAUCGAUCCAAAUUCGUGGUUCCUACGUCGGAAACAGACAGGAUACUGCCGAGGCCGUCGACUUCUUUGUCAGAGGAAAGGUCAAGGCUCCAAUCAAGAUUGUUGGUCUGUCUGAGUUGCCAAAGGUGUUUGAGCUGAUGGAGCAAGGAAAGAUUGCCGGCAGAUACGUUCUUGACACCUCCAAAUAA